CUGUUAAGCUAAGGCCACAAUCUACUGAAAAUCUCUCCCAAUCUCUCAAAUCAGCAAGCUCUCUCCUCUCUGAAUUGAGGAAUUCCCCAAAAACUCAACUUUUAGAUCAAACUCGCAUCAAAAUUGAGAUGAAUUCAUCUCAGAACACUGCGCCAAACUCCGAAAUCCACGAAGAACCACAGAGAAUCAGCACCGGAAUGAAACUCAGAGAUUACAUCCCAAUCUACAUUCCGGCGAUCGAAGGAGGUCUCUUGAAUCAGAGCAGACGCGAGAAGAAAAAACGCUUCCUUGAUUUUCUCAAAGCCAGACCAUCCAACGAAUGGUUUCUCAAAAUCCUCCGGCGAAACUCCGGCCCAUAUAUGGAAUCCUCCUCUCCCCCUCCCGAGUCCGGCGUUCGACGGCGGCGGCCCCCCCCCGCCCCCCGCCGCCGCCGAUUUCGCGUUCCUUUCGUCCGCAAAAUCCGCUGGAAAUCGCUGUGGAGCUCAUUCAAAAACUGGAUCAGGAGUCCGGAACACAUAGCCCUCUUCAUCUGGUUACUCUUCGUUGCAGCAGGCUUGAUCAUGCUGUUUCUGAUCAUGACAGGAAUCCUCAAUGACGCAAUUCCGAGCAGCAGUAGAAGAAAAGAUUGGUCUGAAAUCAUAAACCAGAUCCUCAACGCCCUGUUCACCAUUAUGGCUCUGUAUGAGCAUCCCAAGUUCUUCCACCAGCUAGUUCUGCUGAUGAGAUGGAGAGCAGGAGAUGAAGUCGAGCUGAGGAAAAUCUACACUAAAAAUGGAGUUCCGAAGCCCCAUGAGCGGACACAUAUGUUGGUCGUCGUGAUUCUCCUUCACAUCACCUGUUUCGCUCAAUAUGUCCUCUGUGGGCUCUACUGGGGCUACACCAGAACAACUCGGCCUGACUGGGCCGAAGAUGUCGCCAUUGCUGUAGGCAUUGUAGCUCCAAUUACAGCAGUAAUAUACACAAUAUACAGUCCUCUGGGAAGAACAAACGAUGAACCAGCUGCUGAUUCAGAGCUACAGAAUCAACAGGAGGAGCAAUCUGAGCAUGAGGGGUUCCAGGAGAAGAUCGUGAUCACAAGCCCUGAAUGGAUUGGAGGAUUAUUUGAUUGCAGGGACGAUUGUACUGUAACUUGUCUCUCCUUCUUCUGCACAUUCUGUGUCUUCGGAUGGAACAUGGAAAGACUCGGUUUUGGCAACAUGUAUGUUCACAUAAUCACAUUCACGCUUCUCUGCGUUGCACCUUUCUGGGUUUUUGCAAUCUCCGCGCUCAAUGUAGACGAUGAUACCAUAAAGCUGAUUCUGGUUAUUACUGGGAGCGUGCUCUGCAUCUUUGGAUUACUGUACGGAGGGUUCUGGAGAUCGGAGAUGAGGAAAAAGUUCAAGCUUCCGGGAAAUCCGUUCUGCUGCGGCUGCUCUACUGUUACAGAUUACUUUCAGUGGUUGUUUUGUUGGUCGUGUUCUCUGGCUCAGGAGGUGAGGACUGCGAACUUUUAUGAUAUUGAGGAUGAUGGGUUUUACAGACAGGUUAGAGAUCGAGAUGGGAGGCCUGUGUUGAUUCCAUUGCCGAGGGAAGGAAAUCUGAUUGUCAUGGAGAGUUACAUGAGGAGCCAUUCUUCUCCGGCGAUGGUGGGGGUGAUGGAUAUGCAGAGGUCUGAUGAUUUGCAGAGAAGUGGCUUUGGAAGGACGAUGACUUGUCCUGUAGAUGCUGUAACUGUAGCUCCUCUUCCUCAUCUCAUGCGGGUGGAAGAGAAUAGGCCAUUGAGAAGGUUGGAGCCAUGAAGGUCAGAAAAGAAGUUUUUUGCUCUUUUUUUUUUUUCUUUUUGUACAGAGAGGAAAAGCAUGGAAGUUAGCUAUUCAGACAGACUGCAUGUUUGUGGCAGUCUUCUUCUUCUUCUUCUUCUUCUUCUUCUUCUUUGUUUCAAUUUUUCAUUGAUGAGAACAUUUUUUUGUGCAAGUGAAGGAGAGAGCUCAGUAGGAGUAGGAUCGAAGGAACACUGGGGGUUGUAUUUAUAAUUUUGUGAAUAACCAACAAUAAGAA